AUGUCCACCACAACCAUGGCUGCGACCUCGCCCGUCGUCGACAAAAAGGCGCACAAGCACAAGAAGGACAAGUCGGAAAAGAAAUCCAAGAAGCGCGCCCGCGAGGAGGAGCAGGCCCAGCAAUCGCCCACCAAGAAGCCGCGCCCCGCAGACCAGACCGAUGCCGCGCCGCAAAAGCCUAUCAAGACCUCCAUGUUCCAAAAGUCAACUGCAGCAGCAGCACCCAAGACCGCCGACUCCGACGAUUCGCCUUUCGCUCUCCAAACCGCGUCGCUUUACGUUCCGCUCGCAUCGAUUGGCCAACAGUAUCCCCUCAAGGCGCUGUGCGCCGAGCAUCUGUCGCCGCUACUUCUGACCUACUACCCGCCGCUCAAGGGUGUCGUUCUCGCCUACAACAACGCCCGGCUAUCCGAAGUGCCUGGCGGCGCGACCAACGGCGUCGUGCUGGCCCGCUCCGUCAACGAGUUCGCCGUGUCGUUCGUCUGGGUCACGGCCGAUUUCGUGGUUCUGCGCCCACGCAAGGGAAUCUGGAUUGAGGGUAGUGUCAACCUGCAAAACGAGAGCCAUCUCGGCCUUGUGUGCUGGAACCUGUUCUCCGCGAGUAUCGACCGCAAGCGGCUGCCUGAGGACUGGACGUGGGUUGAGGCAGGCGAGGGCGCGGACGACGAGGAUAUGGAUGCGGACAAGCCGGACGCUGGUCAGGGACAUUUCGUGGAUGCGCAGGGCAAGAAGGUGGACGGCGUGAUUAAAUUCCGCAUCCGGGAUUUCGAGACGUCGCCGCGCACGGAGAACGACAGGGGUUUUAUCACCAUCGAGGGCAGUCUGCUGCCCGAGGACAAGGAGAAGGAGCUUGAUGAGCAGGAGCUGGAGAAGUACGCACAGAGGGGCGCGGCGAGGAAAGGCAGGUCACGGCCGCGCGGCGGUGCGAGUUCAGGCGCGCGGAGAUAG